AGCUUCUCUUUAGCAUACUGUCUGGUCCAGCUUGGUGGGUUCUGCAGCUGGAGAUAUUUUGUUUAACUGAUAACCAGAAUCUUCUGGAUCUUUGAGGUCUAAAUGAGAGCUGGGUGGCUAUGGCUUCUCUGUUUUUUUUUUUUGUUUUUUUUUUCCCUAUCUUUCCUAUCCUAUCCAUUUCUACUUGAUUGAAGGAUUUUGAACAGGACCCUAAAUUGUAAAACCAAUCAUUUUUUAAGUAUGAUAUGUUCCGAAUCAAUAAUUAAAAGAUAGGUUCGCAUUUAAAGUUCGGGAAUUCUUGAUUUAUAUUUACUGUAAAAAAGAGAAAAAUGUUGGAUUUUAAGAAUAUUUUUCCGACCAAUAAUAAUAAUAUAUUCAAACUUUUGACAAAAAUUUUCUAUAACGGCUCGGAGCUCAAGCCUCCCGUUGCAUUUCUCGCUUCUUUUAUUUGAACUUUGACUCCCCCCAACCCAUUCUUUCUUCCUCCCCUAUUUUUGUAGCCGUUGCAAGGCAACCCUCUCUCUCUCUCUCUCUGUCGAUCGAAGUGGCAAGUCGAUCUAUACUUCUACAGAUAUGAACCAGAAACCCACUGAGGAAGUGUCUUCGACGGUCGUUGUUUCUUGUUCCUUGAAGCGAAAGAGACCUCCAAAGAUUGAGAUCCCUAAUGUCUUGCAAGAAAUCCGAGCGGACAGGCUCAAAUUGAAGGAAUUAACACCCAAAAACGAUGCCGUUUGUUUCGGUGGUGUUGGAGUUGGUGUCUCUUCUGUCAAGGGCAAGAAAAAGUUCAUGGAAGAUACUUAUAGGAUUUUUUCUUGCUUACAAGGCAACUCAAACAAACGUUUUUUUGGCGUAUAUGAUGGACACGGAGGCAAGAAGGCUUCGGAGUUUGUAGCAGAGAAUUUGCACUCUAAUAUUCUUGAAAUGAUAGACAAUUGUACUGGAGAUGCAGCAAAGGUUGAAGCAGUUAAAGCUGGGUAUCUCAAGACUGACCAGGAGUUCUUGAAACAGGGUAUAGUCAGUGGUGCUUGCUGUGUAACAGCCUUGAUUGAAGGGAAGAAAGCUGUUAUUUCGAAUCUGGGAGAUUGCAGGGCUGUUCUUUGCAGGGGAGGAUUGGCUGAAGCCCUUACAAUUGAUCAUAAAGCAGAACGGGUGGAUGAAAGGGAAAGAAUUGAGAAAAAGGGUGGAUAUGUGGAAAUCCAUCGAGGAGCAUGGAGAGUUCAUGGGAUACUUUCUGUUUCUAGAAGCAUUGGAGAUGCGCAUCUAAAGGAUUGGGUGCUAGCUGAACCUGAAACAAAGAUCCUGCAAUUGACCCCAGACAUGGAAUUUAUCGUCUUGGCUUCUGAUGGACUGUGGGAAGAGGUUUGCAACCAAGAAGCUGUGGAUGUUGUGACUCGAUUAUGUUUUCCUGGGAAAAAAAUCGGAUGCACAGGAGUGAGUUUGAAAGAUGAAAAUGAUGAUUAUGGCCAUGUAAAUGCAAGUCCUUUGUCAAAGAUAAGAAGGAUUUCACUGUCACCUAAUGAUGAGAAAGUAGAUAGUUGGAAAGACAGUGGAGAUGAUUAUGCGAGCGAAAAUGAAAUACCUCCAUCAAAUUCAAGAAGGAUCUCAAUGGUCAACCGUAAAAACAUGAAGAUGGAAACUCUUAGCCAAGAGAACCUCGGAUGUAAGAAAACACCUGCUUCUGAAGGGCUAGUGGCUGCUAGCAAGGAACUUGUGAACCUUGCCAUAAGCAGGGGCAGUCUAGAUGACAUAACCGUGAUGAUAAUUGAUUUAAAUCACUUCAGAUGCAUUCCGGCUUGCUUUACAUCCGGCGAGAAGCAAACCGAUGAUCCGGUUGGCAUGACUCGGUCAGGCCAGAGUAUGUACAUAUCAGUCUAUCAAACAAAGAUAGCAGGCGAGUGCCGCCUCAUCACCAUCACUUGGUGCAAAAAUCUAUUGCUACAUGGUCUCUAUGUGUCAGUUCAAGGACCAGGAGGAAAUGAGCAUUAUCAGUGCAAGGUUGAACUCAAGCCUUGGAACUUCUGGAGAAAGCAAGGGUCUAGUCAGUUUAUAGUGGAUGGUAGAAGAGUUGAAGUAGUAUGGGACUUCAGGGCUGCAAAGUUCAAGGGCGAGACAGAGCCGCGAUCGGGUUACUAUGUAGCCAUUGUCAGUGAAGAAGAGGUGGUUUUACUUCUUGGUGAUAUGAAAAAGGAUGCAUAUAGAAAGACAGGAUGCAGGCCUUCUCUGAUUGAACCCAUUUUGGUUUCAAGGAGGGAACAUGUUUUUGGCAAGAAGAAGUUCAUAACAAGAGUCAAGUUGAAUGAGAAAGGGAAGUCCCAAGAGAUAUCAAUUGAAUGCAACAGUGGCAUAUGCAGUAACAGCAACAACAACAGUAGUGUUGAUGGAUUUGAUCCUGAAAUGGAAAUAAGAUUGGAUGGGAAACUAGCAAUUCAUGUGAAGCAUCUCCAUUGGAAGUUCAGAGGCAAAGAGUCAAUCCAUGAAAGUAAAACCAAAGUAGAAGUGUAUUGGGAUGUCCAUGACUGGCUCUUUGGUUCUGGUGCAAGGCAUGGUUUGUUCAUAUUUAGGCCAAUUACUUCAUCAUCUUCUGCAUCUCCUCCAUCAUCAGAAUCAACAGAACCAUCAGUACAUCCAGCAGAGGAAGAAAUCUCAGAAAUCUCAAAUGGGUCAUCUGGGUUUUGCUUGUUUCUAUAUGCUUGGAAGUUAGAAUGAUUGUUUUGGUCCUUUCACUAUCAUAAUCAUCAAACAGACACAGCAUGAUGGA